ACUCUGCAAAGUACGUGAAGAACGAUUCCCCUCUACUCCUUAGCUUCUGUUGUAGGCAAAGAGUGAGAACAAAAAGUAAACUAGUCAUCACCUCAAGUAAUGCAGAGAGAGGGAGAGCAGAUUCAUGGGAUCCACGGUUACGAAGAUUUUGACCCAAGUGCACCCCCACCGUUUAGGUUAGGAGAUAUUCGAGCUGCCUUCCCUAAGCACCACUUGAUAAAAAAUCCAUGGAGGGCCGUGAGUUAUGUAAGCAGUGGUCAUGGAAGUUUUUCUGAUAAUUGCACCUUGAAUACUAUAGUGGGCCAAAUAUUGCAUUCGUCAAUUCUUGUACCUUAUCAUGGAUGGAGGAUAAGUCACAUGACUCACCAUCAAAACCACGGACAUGUUGAAAAAGAUGAGUCAUGGGUUCCGUGGUAUAGAAGUCCGGGAAAGGAAGGAUCACACUUCAGUCCUUAUAGUGACUUGUUCUCCCCCAAAGAAAGGAAACUUGUGAUGAUCUCAACUGCCUGUUGGAUACUAGUUACUUUGCUGCUUGGACAUUUGUGCUUCCUGAUAGGUACAAUCCAGAUUCUUAAGCUGUAUGGUGUUCCUCAUUGGAUUUUCACGGCACGGUUUGAUGGUGUCACUUAUUUGCAUCAUAAUGGCUAUAAGCAGAAACUUCCCUGGUACAGGGGCAAGGAAUGGAGCUACCUGCGAGGAGGGCAUAAGACAGUAGACCGAGAUUAUGGCCUGUUCAAUAACAUCCACCAUGACAUUGGCACUCAUGUCAUACACCAUCUUUUCCCUCAAAUCCCACACUGUCACCUAGUAGAAGCGACUGAGGCAGCUAAAGCAGUGCUUGGAAGGUACCACCGGGAGCCAUAAAAUUCAGGGCCUCUUCCUUUUCAUUUACUCAAGACUCUAGUGACAAGCCUUAGGGAAAAUGAGCGACAUUGGAGAGAUUGUUUAUUAUCAAACCGAUGAGGCCCGGUAUAACUUCUAAAUACCAAGUCUGCCUGAAUGUUUCAGACCAAAUAGCAGCGGCAUCUUCACUUGUUUCAGAGUUCAGAAAUAAAUUAUACAUGAACUCUGUCAGCUAGUGUAGGAGGAAGAAAGAUUUUAAACGUUGUUUUGUAAUAAAUUUAAGUCCAAAAU